AUGAAGUACGAGGUGCCAAAGAUCAAUCUUUAUGGCACGUCUGAACCCUGGAAAAUUUGGAAGGAUUUUGGUGGAGAUGGCUUAGAGAUCGGUGAAGACUUGUAUUUCUUCACCACGUUGAAGACCAAAGGCACCCGUGUGUCUCGGAAGGCUGGAAAUGGCUGCUGGCAUGGAGAGAACUCUGCCAAAGUUCUUGAUCCUAAGAAUGAGCAGAAGGUUUUGGGGUUCUCGAGGAGGUUUCAUUAUAAAAACCCUAAAUCUGAUCAGAAUGGUUGUUGGAUUAUGCAUGAAUACAGUCUUAAAGACUGUCCUUCCAUGCCCAAAUCCAAAAGUUCCAGUGUUAGCAAUGAUGAUGGUGAUCAAUUGGUGUUGUGCCGGAUUCGGAAGAACGACUCGAAGCUUCAUAAGAAUGGAAGGAAACGAAAAUUUAAAUCUGCCGCAGAGGAUCAUGGUAUUGAUGAUGCUCCAGUACAAUCCAAAAUCAAGAUUCAAAAGAUUAAUAUUGAUGACCAUGAUCCAAUUGGCCUCACCAGUUAUGAGCCAGAGUUCGUUACGAACCCAAUUGGUCUCACUCAGUCAAACCAUCAACCUGAGAUGAUUGAUGACAACCAAUUAUUGGGUGACGAUUUUGAUGAAGCCCUGAAUAUUGCUUUCUCAUAUUUGGACGGCCCUACUAUUAUUGAUAACAACACCACACCGCAAAUGCAAUCAUAUUCAAGCAUGCUACUGUGUGCAGAGAGGGAAGAAAUGGGGAAUACACCAUAUACAGAUCAUGAGACUGAGUGUCAUACUUCUCAGAGUUUCGCUACUGGCUCCGAGUUUAUUGAAGUCACAGAUGACAUUGGAUUUGGGACAAGUGAAGAAACAAGCCAUGAAUAUCUUGACAUUGAUGAUCAAAUUGCCCGAAUCAAUAUGUCAGAGCCAGACUACUUGCAGCUUGACGAUCAUGUGUUUGAAAUGAGCCCGUUUGAUGAUGAUGAUCCCCAGUAA